GUCUCUCGGCCGGCUGCUUUCAGCUGUUUCUCUGCUGAAGGAGGAUCAUGCACGGCAGCGCCGUCAGCUGUGUGUCAUAAACCCCAACAGAAUUCAUCUGUAAAGCCUUGCCGCUCAUUUCCCGUUGGGUGAGGAGGGCAUCUGCCCAUGCACACGCACAGCACCAUGGGAAGCUCCCCGGAGGUGCUGUCCUGGACGUCCUGUAGCAGCCUGCUGGUGGGGAAGCUGAAGGAGGAGCUGAAGCUCACGGUCGUCGGUGACUCCAUGAAGAAAACCAACAGUAACAUUUCUCCUCAAGCGCUGCUUCCGCCAGCACCACCUCCACCGCAGAUCAUCGCAGACUUGGCUCCUCCCACCACCCUUCCCAUGCCGCUGCAACAGCUGCAGCCCCCCUGCAGGGACGCCGAGCCGGGUGGCACCAGCCCGCCGUGCACGGCCCUCAGCGAGGACUCGACGCGGGAGCAGGGACACUUCGAAAACAGUGUGCUGCAGCUGCAGGAGCACGAGGAGGCCGAGACGCCGGGGUCCUGCGGUCAGGGAGGCUGCGGAAGCGGCGGGGAGGAAAAAAACCAGGAGGGCGGGUGUCCGAUGGACCACAGCGGGGACGACACGCACCACCAUCCACAUGAUGACAUCAAACUGCACUUUCAUAGAGCCGGGACGGGAAGCGGCGGAUUCCUAGAGGGGCUGUUCGGAUGUUUGAGACCCGUGUGGAAUAUUAUCGGGAAAACAUACUCGACUGAGUACAAACUUCAGCAGCAAGACAUGUGGGAGGUGCCGUUUGAGGAGAUCUCUGAGCUGCAGUGGCUAGGCAGCGGAGCUCAGGGCGCCGUGUUCCUCGGAAAGUUAUGCUCCGAAGAGGUCGCCAUCAAGAAAGUCAGAGAGCAGAAGGAGACGGAUAUCAAACACCUGCGGAAGCUGAAGCACCCCAACAUCAUCAGCUUCAAGGGUAUUUGCACGCAGGCCCCGUGUUACUGCAUCAUCAUGGAGUAUUGUGCUCAAGGGCAGCUGUACGAGGUUCUCAGGGCCGGUCGUAAGAUCACACCACGGCUGCUGGUGGACUGGGCCUCAGGGAUCGCCAGCGGCAUGAACUACCUGCACCUCCACAAGAUCAUCCACAGAGACCUCAAAUCACCAAAUGUGCUAGUCACUCAAAAUGACAACGUGAAGAUCUCAGACUUUGGAACAUCUAAAGAGCUCAGUGACAAGAGUAUGAAGAUGUCAUUUGCCGGUACGGUGGCCUGGAUGGCUCCCGAAGUGAUCCGGAAUGAGCCGGUGUCGGAGAAAGUAGAUAUUUGGUCAUUCGGGGUGGUGUUAUGGGAGCUGCUGACUGGUGAGAUCCCCUAUAAGGACGUGGACUCGUCUGCCAUCAUCUGGGGUGUGGGGAGUAACAGCCUCCAUCUGCCUGUGCCGUCCACCUGUCCCGACGGCUUCAAGAUCCUCAUGAAACAGACCUGUUCGGACAUUGCGACGGAGUGGAGAGAGGAGGUGAAGAAGCAUUUCGAGAAGAUCAAGAGUGAAGGCACCUGCAUCCAUCGACUGGACGAGGAGCUGAUCCGCCGCAGAAGAGACGAGCUCAGACACGCUCUGGAUAUCCGAGAGCAUUACGAGAGGAAACUGGAGCGAGCCAAUAACCUGUACAUGGAGCUCAGCGCUAUCAUGCUGCAGCUGGAGGUGCGAGAGAAAGAGCUGCUCAAAGCUUGUUUGCGCAACUGGCCUCUUCCGGCUCCGUCCCCGUUGUCAGGUAGCCCAAAAGUGUCCACUCCGCCUGGGAAAGCCCGGUACCGCAGUAAACCCCGCCACCGGAGGGCCAACAGCAAAGGGAGUCACAGUGAGUUCCCAGGGGCCCUCAAACUCAAUUCAGGGCCGUCGGAGGAGCAGCAGCCCCUACAGGAGCAAAGCUACCUUCACCAUCAUCACCCUCCGCCCGAGGGCCCGCUGUUACCGGUGCAGAACCGUAUUUUUACUUUAAAAAUUGGGAGAGACGAGUCUUCUGAGGAAGAGGAAGGAGAGGUUGACAGUGAGGUGGAGUUUCCACGCAGACAGCGGCCUCAUCGCUGCAUGAGCGGCUUCCAGUCGUACUCCACCUUCAGCUCGGAGAACCUGUCGGUGUCUGACGGCGAGGAGGGAAACACCAGCGAUCGCUCGCACAGCGGCCCGCUGGAGCAGCUCAGCGCCAGUCAGGAGGAGCAUCUGGACGAGCUCCUGUCCCACACGCCUGAGAUCCCCAUCGACAUCUCCACGCAGUCCGACGGCCUGUCCGAUAAAGAGUGCGCCGUCCGCCGGGUCAAGACCCAGAUCUCUCUGGGCAAACUGUGUGCUGAUGAGCACAGCUACGAGAAUCCGCUGCAUUUCGGAGAUUCCGACUGUGACACGUCGGAUGCGGAAUGUUCCGACACCACCAUCAGGAACAAACAGCCCUGCGCUCCUUCAUCCUGGUGAACGCCAGCCUUCGGAGGAAACACGGCAAUAAUCCACGCCUGACCCAUCUGAUCAGCCCUUCCCAUAAUCCCCCUCUCUCUCUCUCUCUCUCUCUCUCUCUCUCUCUCUCUCUGAGCAUCUCAGGCAGAUUCCUCUGAAGUGAUAAUGUAGCUAGAGUAACAUGCAUAACUUAUUUUAUUACGAGCCAGAGGAAACGCAAAACGAAAUCAGGAACUCAGACUUACUCGGAGUAUUAAUGCGCUGAAGUGUUCAAGGCAACUCGAUUCCAGUUAGCUAGUUAGAAGAUUAUUGAAGUCUGCAAGAAUGUGUGUAUAUAUAUAUAUAUGUCCGCAGGUACGUGAGUGAAAGUGUUAAAGGGAUAGUU